AUGCCGUGGACGUUAGUCGAGCAGUCACCGAACAUCUUUUCCCGGCCCCUUGGCCCUAACGAGGUGUUCAUCAAACUAGUCAGUGAUCCCGGCCACCCACUCGGUCGUGAACACUGGGCCAUCAACUACACGGCCACUGUUAGUCCACGUGGGGCAUUCACAGCCUUGUCGGGCUCGCCUGACCUUCUACCAACCCUCAUCCGCUACUGUUGGUUGCAUCUGCGCUUCCAGCACCCCAGUCUGGCUGCGCAUCCGGACUCCAACUCCAACGUCGUAUACACCGUUCCCGACUCUGCUGACGCUCUUACCGAAUGGGCCUCCCAGACCUUUACCGUGGAGACCGAUGCUCAGUCCGCCGAUGAGGUAAUUCGCACCAUUGCACCAGCCGCCGACGCCCGACUAUACUAUAUCCCCCAAUCGAGUGAACUACUCCUACACACCGCACACUGGCGUAUGGAUGGAGUCGGUGGGCUAUUCCUCCUCGGCCAGCUGGUGGACCUGAUGGCCUCGCACGCAGACACCCUCCUCUCGGGGAAGCUGCCAGACCCAUUCAAUUCCUUCCAAUGGGGAUCGGAAAUCGCACGGCUGUCGCCGCCGGUCGAAGAGGCCGGCAACAUGCCCCUCAACGCGACCGACGAGCAGAAGGCUGUUGCGCACGGCGCGGUCGGUACCUUUGCCCUGGCGGCGGGGGCCCUCGGGGUGCCCUAUACGGGUGAUGCGUCGAGCGCGCCUUCUGGAACGCGGGCUGCCGAACUCCAAUUCUCACCCACCAGCACCUCCGCCGCCGUGUCCGCCGCAAAAGCACGCGGCGUCGGGAUCACAGCCGCCGUGCAUACUAGUCUGGCCGCGACCAACUUCCAGCACGCGAUCCCCGAGCACCAGGGUCGCCACUACACCAGCACCAUCAAACAGUCCCUACGGCCGUACCUGCCCGAACCGUACUCGACCCCCGCGGCAGCGGCCGGGCUAUUCACGUCUGGCUGGUUGGUGCGGGUCGACGCCUCCGGGUCCUGGGAGGAGAAUGCCCGCUUGUAUCAGGCGGAGUAUGAGAAGGGCAUCAGCAGUGAGUAUCUCAAGGCGCACCGAGAGUAUGCGUCCACUUUGGUCGAGGUGAUUGGGAGCCUGCCGGCACCAGCAGAGCCACCCAGCGAUAUCGAUAUCAGUAGCAUGGGGAUCAUGGAGAAAUAUCUGGAUCGCGAAUAUGGAACCGCAGAGCGCGGGUUUGGUAUCACGCAUGCCGGGGUGGGCGUGGAAAUAAUUUCGCGCCAAGGAGUGGUUUUUGUAUGGACGUUCCGUGAUCAGUUGACACUGCGGUUGGUGUAUAACGAGGCUUUCCACACCCCGGAGCAGAUGACGGAAUUUUUACAGGAUAUUCAAGCGGACCUGUUGAAGGAAUUGCGGGUGGCGGAGUAG